CUCUGGAGUAGCCAUAAAUAAAUGAUGAGUAAUGGUUUAAGUUAUGAAACCUGUUUUAUGUUGGUUUGAUUUAAAUCAAAUUGCCAAUAUUUGCACUUAGAGUCUACAAGGAAGUUAAAUUACAAAUUGUUGUACACUAUUAAAUCCCUCUGCUUUCAGGUGUAUCAUAGUAAUAAUGGUAUUUAUAAUGACAAGACGCAAAAUAAAAUUCCGAGCUGGAAUACCUUCACACUGUGACUUUGAUGUAAAUUUAGUAUAUUAAGGGAUUACUCUGUUAUUGUGUUGUACUAGACUAUUUGUAUGUCUCAGUUCAUACCUGAUUCUCAAUCCCUGGGUCUCUCGGCCCCGGAACAGGUGAGAGUGAAUGGGAAGGAGAUACUGUGUGUUACUACUUGUGAGAUUUAUAUCCCCUUGCCUGAUGUUGACCGCAUGAGUCAGGGUACCCUGGAGAGGGCCCGGAGGGCUCAGCGACUGCUCCACCCCCACAGUGGGCUCUGUGACCUAUACCUAUUGUGUUCACCUUUAUCUGCCAAGAGGAGAUCUGUGGCUAUGGAUUGCGAUGACUCUCAAUACUCGAUUAAGCUGUCUCUCAUCUUGAACAACAUCAUCAAGGAUACACUGCGUGUGUUUCAGAAGGGGGACUCCUGGUUUGAGUUUUGGAGUCUGCUCGGGGAUAAGAAACACAAUAGUACAGUCAAGCUCUGUCGUGAGGAUGACAGGUGGAAGGAGUUCUCCACACAGUUAACGAAAGUCAUCAACGACCUCAGAGAGUGCAUCAAAACCCAGAACAUUCCAAAUCAAGUGUUUGAGCUUGCUGCAUUUCAGUCAAAGAAAUCUAAUUGCCCUCAAAAGGCAGAAGAGCAUAAGUCAGAACCAGGGGUUGCUCAGAAGAGGAUAGAUAGAAUCUCCGACAGUGAUUUAGACAAGAAACAAAAGGAGAACAAAAAUCUCCUUCGAACACAGUCUCUUCUAGAGAACUCCAAAAAUCAUCAUCAAGAGUCAGAGACUGAAACUGGGGAAGGGAUCGGUCUUUCUGAUGAUGUGAAUGAAGAUACAAGGGAAAGUUGUGAUUCUCCAUUCAAUGCAGAAAGGCAGACAGAACCUCACGUGUUUGAACCACCAUUUUCUCCUGCUAAUUUUCAAUUGAUUGACACAAAUUCAAAUUUUUUUGGCAAACACCACGUGCAACCAAAUGUAACUGAGUUACAAAGUGAGGAUUUUCAAAAGACAAUAAGACUUAAGAACAACACCGAAACUGCCAGAUUUCUGUGUAAACAUGUGCCUUCUCCUAAGUCUAUUUAUAAGGAGUCAGAAAACGAGGAGAGUUUGGUAGAGGAAGAUUUCUCAGGUUCUGAUUCUGAUUAUGAAGAUAUGAUGGAACAAGAGAAAGCCAUGCAAAGACUAGUAGAGCUGCUGCAGGCAGCCAUCAAUUCAAAUGACAAAGAGGCUGCAGCAAAGCAUGCUGGGAGUUUAGCAGUUACUGCUGCAAAAGUGACCAUUACUCUGGAUCCUGGUAGCCUAAAAAAUAUCAAAGACACAGAAUUUAGCAUCAAGGUGUAUGUAGAGGAUAGAGAAGCCUCGGGGGGCUGCAUCACCCUCAAUGUCAAACCCUCUGAGACGGUCAAGGAUCUCAAACUCAGGAUGUGCUUGAAGCACAGUUUUCCAGUGGAGGUACAGAAAUGGAUCAUUGGAAAGCGUAUCCCACCGGACAGUGAGACCCUCCAGAAAGCCCGAGUGACCCCUGGUCAGGCAGUCUAUCUGUACCUCAUCUCACCCAAAUCUGUGGGCCUGACCAAGGAGAAAUUCAUGGAGGACAGGCUCAAAAUGCUUCAUAACCAGUAUCCAGUCGUUCAGAAACAAGGUCCUUCCAAUUUUGCCGAGAGUGGACCCUACAUUCCAAUGGGUACCCCGGUCACCCCUAAGACUCCACUCAGCACACAGCCCCCCUCCAGACAGAGGUCAGAGCCUUACAGCGGUAGUUCCACAGGGGGAGGGGGAAUUACCCCUAAGGUGCGUCCAACAGUGGUAACCCAGCCGUCCCUGGAGGAGUUUGAAGUAAUCCCUGCUAAUCCUGUGUUCAAGGACCCCUCUCAACCUAAAAAUAACAAGCAGACCACAAGUAUUCAGACUGGCUGGGUGUGUCCCGCUUGCACCUACAUAAACCAGCCAACUCGACCGGGAUGUGAGAUCUGUGCCACGAACAGACCGCUCAACUACCAAGUGCCUGAUGGGUACAAAAUGACCCGGGAAGAGGAGGAGAGGAUCCGAAGGGAGCGGGAGCAAGAGGAGCAGACUCAAAGGCUGGAGCGGGAGAGAGAGGAGCAGGCAAUGAGGGCGAGACAGGAGAACUUUGAGAUCCUCCGGAGGGCCGAGGACACCAGUCUGAUCGCCAACACCCACAUCUUCAAGUGCCCCAUCUGCUUAGACGACAUUUCCCCAGGGAACGGGGUGAUUCUGAGGGAGUGUCUACACUCAUUCUGCAAAGACUGUUUACAAGGAGCUGUGGUUCAUAACGAGGAGGCAGAACUAAGAUGUCCGUACCAAGACAAUGACUACGCCUGCAACGCUUCACUGCAGGACAGAGAAAUCAAAGCGCUGGUGGAGGUCAGCGUUUACGAGAAACAUCUCCAGCGCAGUCUGGUGACAGCAGAGAGCCAGGAACGGAACAGCUUCCACUGCAAGACCAAUGACUGCCCGGGCUGGUGUAUCUACGAGGACCUAGUCAACUUCUUCUCGUGUCCAGUCUGUAAGAAGGAGAACUGUCUGACCUGUAAGGCCAUUCACGAGGGCAUGAACUGCAAGGAGUACCAGGAGGACCUCCGCAUCAGGUCCUCCAACGACAAAGCUGCUAAGCAGACCAAUAAAAUGCUGAAGGAAUUGCUAAAGAAAGGUGAUGCUAUGAAGUGUCCCAAGUGUGAAGUGGUUGUUCAGAAGAAGGAUGGAUGUGAUUGGAUUAAGUGUUCCAUAUGUAAAACAGAGAUUUGCUGGGUCACAAAGGGGCCACGUUGGGGACCUUUGGGAGUCGGGGAUAUCAGUGGAGGAUGUCGAUGUAGAGUAGAAGGAAAGCCGUGCCAUGAAAACUGCAACAACUGUCACUAGGCAACCAGUGUUGUCACAAACAUAGCAGUCAUCACUAAACAACUAGUAUAUGUAAUACCAUGAUCAGGCAACCAGUUACUGUCACUAGGCAACUAGUGAUGUCAUCACUUGGCAACUGUUUACUGUUACUAGGCAACCAGUGAUGUCACAAACAUAACAACUGUCACUAGGCAACCAUCAGCAGGCAUCCAGUGACAGAGAAACAGUUGUUUCUAGUCAACCAGUGAUGAUAAGGAAGUAAAGGCAAUUUGGUGAUCGUUGUUGUCUAAAACUGGUCCGAGACAAUCAAGCAAUAGUGCAUUCACUGAUGUCUGCAAAACAUGGAGAAAAAGUUCUCUGUAAACAAAUUGUGAUUUCAUUCCCAAACAUUUGUAAUGUUGUUUGUAACUCAGUGCAGUUGUGAGGUUCUUGGCAAUCACUGGUCCUUGCAAUUCCAGCAUAUUGCUUGCAGUAAUUGAUAUGCAUUACAGAAGUUCUCGCUAUAAAUUUUUGUGCUAUAAAGAUUUUUGUUUACAAGUGUAUAUUUUGCUACAAUGGUCGUAUGAGGUUGUGUAUACUAAGGAAUUGUGCAAUAGAUAUAAUUAAGGGAUGCUGGGUAAUUAUAAUCUUGUACUGUUUUUCCAGGGACUGAUCUUUUAAAUCUCUUGUUUCUACUCUUUUAAAUGAUAUUGAAUACUGUUAAAUCUUGUGUUUGCAUUUUAAAAGACAAAAAUAUGUGGGAUAUUUAAAACUCUAUUUAGCAAUAUUACAACUUAUUAAUAAAACAUAAACUAAGGAUUUCACCAUAUCAAAUAUACAUACCUAUUUUAUUUUUUCCAUGGAAAUUUUAUUUUAAAUUGAUAAAAUUUUACAAGUUGGCAGCAUAUUAAUUGUUUGAUUGUGUAUUUAAAAGCACUUCAUUGUUUCAAAAGACUCUCUGAUAUAAAAUGGCAAUAACACAGCAGGGAUUUUGAUGAUUUUUGUUUGCACAGAGUCUUCCUAUAAACUUAUCUAAAUAUUGUGACUUGUCUACCAUAUAUUUUGUCAUAGCGGCAUUUUUUUUGGUAGAGUAGUACAUGUAGUAAGAACACUGUUGCCGAAAUAAUAGAAAUAACUUUGAGCAAGCAAAUCGCUAUAUUUUACGACGUGACCUAGAUUUCGAUACGCGUGUUCGACUUGACUUUGUAUUUCAUUUCAUUAAAUUCAUUAAUGAGAAUACAUCACCGGUAUUUGUAAGUUGUAUUAUCAACAGAUUUCAUUUCUGACCACAAAGUUUUCCCCAACAAGUGGAAAUAAAGUCACGUGAUUUGUAAACUAGUCUUGUCCGAUCUGCUUAAUUCCUUUAUAUGCAUAUCAUUUUUUGUACCAAAGUCUGCCCAUUCUAUUCAUUUUAAGCUCACUGAGACGAAGUCAUGGGGAGCUUAUGCUAUACCCCUGGGGUUGGCGUCCAGACCUGGUUAAAGUUUUUGUUGCAGGUCCUGUAUCUAAGUUAUUACUUGUCAUAUCUUCACCCAACUUGCAAUGAUGAUGCAUUUCAGAUGCUGGAGGAGGUUAAGGUUUUUAGAGCUGGUUAAAGUGUUUGUUGCAGGUGCCCUCUGAUGAUUAUAUCUUAGUUACUACUGGUCCUAACUUCAUCACACUUGCAUGGAUGGUGAGUCUUAUGAUACUGAUGCACCAGACAGUUUGAAUGCUGAAUCUGAGCCAUAGGUUUCGGAUGCUGGAGGAGGUUAUGGUUUUUAGAGCUGGUUAAAGUUUUUGUUGCAGGUGACCUCUGAUGAUUAUAUCUUAGUUACUACUGGUCCUAACUUCACCAAACUUGCAUGGAUGAUGCGUCUUAUGAUACUGAUGCACCUGACAGGCUUGAAUGUUUAAUCUUAGCCAUAGGUUUCGGAUGCUGUAUGAGGUUUAGUUUUUUGGAACAGGUCACAUGUUUUAUAGAUAAUAGCAUGCAUAGUUGAUUUAACUAUAUUAUAAAUGAAACACAAAGGUAGCUUCAGAUGCACAGCCUGUUCUCCAUUACCAAGGAUGUUAAAAAAAUCUCCUACCUCACUUAAACCUGCUUGGUAGAUAGAUGUGUUUAUUGUAAAAUGAUAUAACAUGAUUCCUAUGAUAAAGUAUUGUAUAAUAUGAUACACUAUUGUUUAAUAUGAUACAAUAUAAUAUCAUAUAUUAUAUUGUAAAAAGAUAUGAUACAAUAUGAUAUUGUAUCAAUAUUAUUUUAUAUGUAAUGAUAUGAUUUUGUAUCAUGCUAUUCUUAUGUAUAGUAUUGUAUAUUAUGAUACAAUAUUGUAUAAUAUGAUAUUGUAUAAUUUAUUUAUUAUAUUAUCACAUGAUACUGUUAUAUAUGAUAUUGCAAUAUAUUUAAGAAAUAAACAACGUUAUUUAGUGAACAUGGCGUUAUGAAUAGUAAUUGCUCUGUUGGCAUAUUCCAUGAUGCGCGCUAGCGCAUCAUGGAAAAUAUGCCAGCAGAGCAGUUGCUAUUCAUAACGCCAUGUUCACUAAAUAAUCGUUGUUUAUUACUUAUAUUUGCAUUUUACCACUUGACAAUACCCUGUAUUAGCCUAGACCUUGACAUUUAGCUAUUGCAUCACAAAUAAGCAUUUAGACAGUAGUGUAUCUUUUUAAUUAACAUAGAUUUGUUAACAGAAUCAAUGAUAUGUUAUAACAGUAAUUCCUUUAAAAUGUUAUUACAAGACAUGUUUUAAUAUUUUAAAAAUACAUCAAUUUAAUGGAGUUGGAGAAAAACACAUGAUGUAUUGUAUAGUGGUUUAAAAAUAAUAACAUCGUUUAAAAGUAUAUGACGUCACACCUUAAUGACGUCAUAAUAUACAGACAGAACAAUUACAAUUAUAGAAAUAUAAUUGCAGUUCCUCUGUAUGGACUUACAGUGGGAAAGAACAAUGCAUAUGCAAAUAUUUAAGAAAUAAACAACGUUAUUUAGUGAACAUGGCGUUAUGAAUAGCAAUUGCUCUGUUGGCAUAUUCCAUGAUGCGCGCUAGCGCAUCAUGGAAAAUAUGCCAGCAGAGCAGUUGCUAUUCAUAACGCCAUGUUCACUAAUUAAUCGUUGUUUAUAACUUAUAUUUGCAUUUUACCACUUGCAAAUACCCUGUAUUAGCCUAGACCUUGACAUUUAGCUAUUACAUCAAAAGUAAACAUUCAGACUGUAAUGUAUCUUUUUAAUUCACAUAGAUUUGUUAACAGAAUCAAUGAUAUGUUAUAACAGUAAUUCCUUUAAAACGUUAUCAAAAACAUGUUUUAAUAUUACAUGUUAAUACGUCAAUUUUAAUGGAGUUGGAGAAAAACACAUGAUUUAUUCGUAUUGUGGUUUAAAUCUAUAACGUCAUGGAAAAGUAUAUAUGAAACGUUACACCUUUAUGACGUCAUAGUAUACUGACAGAGCAAUUGGGAUUAUAGAGAAAUAAUUGCAGCUCCUCCGAAUGGGCUUACAGUGGGAAAGAACAAUGGAAAUGCAAAUAUAUAUUAUUGUAUCAUAUGAUACAAUGUGUAUAAUAUAAUAUUGUAUUAUUAUAAUAUAAUAUUUUACUAUAUCACAUGAUAUUGUAUCAUUUGAUAUGAUACAAUGUUGAAUCAAAUUAUAUAGUAUCAUAUGAUACAAUAUCAUAUUAUGUAUCAAAUAUGAUACAGUAUCAUGCAAUACAAUAUCAUAUUAUAUUAUUCAAUAUAAUAUCGUAUGUUACAAUAUAAUGAUGUGUUAUGUGAUGUGACAUUGUUACAUAUAAUACUAUAUCAUAUUAUUAUAUUGUAUUAUGUGAUAAAAUACAAUUAUUUAUAACACAAUACAAUGUCAUAUCAUAUGUUACAAUAUCAUAUAUCAUCAUUGUUUAUUACAGUAUUUCAUUGUAUUGUAUGAUAUAUAUUGUAAGUAUGAUAGGAUGCAAUAUCAUAUUUUAUAUUAUUAUAAUGAUAAACAUUGUUUCUUAUAAUACUGUAUGAAAUGAACGUAUGAUUAUCAAACAAUUUUUUAACAGCUGAUAUACGAUAUUGUGUCAAAACAGUAUCUAAUAAUAUCCAAGAUCAUGAAGUAUGAUUUUCAUAUAAAAUGAUAAAGGUGGUCUCAUACAGGUGAUGCCCCAUACAGGCGAUGCCUCGUCUCGGUGAGCUUUGUAAUCUGUGAUUACCUAUGUUUAUUCAUUGGAAGGACAGGGUCAAAAGCCGGACGAAAUUCACUGUUACAGGGUUUACAAAGUCAUUGAUAAUGUGUCAAUCAAUGUGUCAUAUUUAUUUACUCUUGUUUCAAAAUUAUCAAAAACAUGAUGGAUUUUCUAAAAUUCAUUGUAUCAAAAGGGGCCGUUUUCAUAUGUAAAGAAACUCUGGAUUGCGACCCUGUCCUUGCAAUGAAUAAAAAUGAAUAAAAUGGGUGGACCCUAGUACAACAGAGGACACAUAUAUGAAGGAAUUACGCAGAUCGGACAAGAUUCGUUUAUAUAUACGAUGGCAUUGUUUCUCGCCAAAAUCUCACCAGUUAAGAGAAAACUUAGAAAUUAUAGAUAACAUUCGUUGAAAAAUACAACUCGCAAAUGAUGCAAUAGUUAAUAGCAUAUAAAUAAGGAAUAAGAAAUCAUUCUUUGAGUAUUAUGAGGUGAUAAUUUCAGUCGGGGCGUGAUCAAAUCCAAUAAAGCCCGAAAGGCUUUAUGAUAGAUGUGAUCAUGCCCUGACCGAAAUUAUAACCGAAGAAUGAUUCCGUAUUACUUAAAUUUAAAUAAUUUUAAGCCACUGUACGAUUAAAUAUAUAAAUAUAAAUAAGCAAACCCCGCUGGCGCUUCAUAUAUAUGUCAUUUAAGGUUAUAGGUUAUAUAGUAUAAAAUCGAUUGUGUUAUCACAGGCAAAGUCACUGGAAAAUGUAAAGCGAACACGCUUACCAAAAUAGAUGUCACGUGACAUAGAACCAUUUUAACAGGAGCUUGGACUUUGGGUAGUUGUGUCAAACAGCAUUGUGACGUAGGCCUGUCUAUUUUAUUGUAGGCCACUCAAUCAUGGCUCUUUGAAAUCAACAAGAUUUGUCUGGCUUUUGAGCUAAGGCUAACUUGUUUUGACGCAAGAAAUAGAUAGUUACAUCCUACUGAAAGUCCAAGGACUUGUUAAAAUGGUUCUAUUUAGUAGUAUAAAAGGAAAAUCGAGCUCACACAACGUAAACAACAUUAGUUCAUGAUGAGGAAGGUCAACUGGACUUUGCAUUUUUUAAAAGUUAAUUUUUUUACUUUCACAUCUAGAUAGAUAAUAUAGAUAGGUAUCGACAAAACACGUUGUCCAGCUGAAAGAGAAAAAUGUACCCUAAGGUAUCUCACUCCUCAUGUUUUGAUUUCAUUGCGCAGAUGAUCAUUAUAUUUAAAAUGAAUAUGAUUUCAUUUAUUUAAUCAUCACAGAUAGAUUAUUAUUUCAUAAUUACACAACCUUCAUAAAGAAAAUCCAUUUGAAUUCAAGAAACAAACAAGUUUUUGGGGGAACUAUUUUUUCGUGCGGAAGGUUUUUAAGACGAAAAUGACAGAAACAAGCAAUUUUAUGUAUUUUCAAUAUACUUUUCUUUUUAUUAUACUUUAUUCAUUAUUCACAUUUUUAACAUUUGAUAGGUUUGUAACAUAUUUUAUAGGUUCUGUGUGACAUGUACAAAAUCAAAUCUUGAGAAUGUGAUUGCCGUUUAGCAUAAAAUCAUGCAAAUAUAUAGAACAUGUCUGAAUUUUUUUAAGCCAAAUUUUGCGAGAAUUUUAUCUUUGAACCCCUAUAUCUAAAACUUGACAUCACUGACCCCCAUGUUAUAUUAGGUCAAAAUGAUACUGAAUACAUAUCUAGGCAAACUGGAUUAAUCUUAUAAAAUUCUUGAUAUUCAAAAAGUUUUUAUUUCAAAUCAAAUUGUAACUAUUAUAGAAAUUGUCUAUUUUAAGUGCAAAAAGGUCACACAAUAAAUUAUGCAGCUUCGUACAAAUUUUUUUCGUAAUCCCUCUAUUCAGUGUGACCAUUGUGCAUAAUUAAAAACAAUAUUUAUUGAAAUAGGUUUGCUUAAUCAAAAAUACUGACAACAAAUCCUAAUCAGGAUGAAAUUGCAUUUUAGGUGCAAAAAGGUCAAAUUAAAUAGGCCAUAACUCAGAGGGAUGGAUACUGACCCCCCAUUAUCUUUGUAUUUUUUAAGUAUGUUUUGUCUACAGAUUUCAAUGAUAUACUUCUCAAGAAAAUCUUGAUACAACAACAUUGAGGAGUGGGAUACCUUAAGUGUGUUGUACAAGUAUAUCUUUCAUGAUAUUGUUUUAUCUCUGAUUAGAAAGGGAUUUUGUAAGGGUACAUUAUUAUAUUUACAUUCUACUGUGUUUUUCCAUUAAAUUCUGUGAUCUUCAAAUGCCUCUAAAUGCAACAAGUAGUCAAAGGUCAAAUUGACGAGUUUAAUUAUGACGUCACAAACGUUGAACGCUGUAAACUGCAACAUCACAAGCGAAAAUCAAAGUGCACGCUCGUGGCUGUUACUGUGGCUCUUCCAUUAAUAUUAACUUACCCUUAGGAUAAGAUCGGAAUUUUAAGGUAUAAUUCACAUUUGCAGACAAGGCAAGAAGUUAAAUAAUGUAAAUAUAAGCAUUAAAUCAUGAUUUUUUGAAGUAUACACUCUCAUAACUGCCGCGGUGUGUGCAUACAAAUUUUCAUAACGCGCUAACGCGCGUUACUCAAUUUGUAUGCACACACCGCGGCAGUUAUGAGAGUGUAUACUUCAAAAAAUCAUGAUUCAAUGCUAUAAUAAAUCAAAGAUUAAGGUAAGGUUUGCGGUUACAGGGAGAUAACUCACACAUUUUCAUUGUGACGUAUCACCAACUACCCUUUAUUUCAGUUAUGACGUCAAAAUUUAUAUGACGUCAUAAUUGAUUUCAGUUUUUUUUUAAUUUCGCGGGCUUUUUUUAGUAUCAAUGAAAAAAUAAGAGGACACAAGCAUUUUAUCAAUUUCCACGAAAACGAAAUCGGCAUCAUAUGGUUUUGAAUAGUGUUUUAGAAACAUCAGAUUACACAUAUUCUAAGAUACGUUUUUCCUGAAAUCGGUGGACUUGGAAAGGUUUCAAAUAAGAUGUUUUCGUUUACAUAAUAGUAGUCCAAAAUUAAGAUUGUUGUUGCAUUUUAUUCUAUUUUUAGAUAGUUCAUCAGAAAUUAAUAAAAGUGAAUCAUGAUAUUAAUAGUGAUAUUAUUUUCGAACAUUUUAAGCAUAAAUAACCCCCAUAAUAGUCACAUAUAAAAUGUACAUAUUUUCACGAAAUUGUUUACAUUUCAUCAAAAUGAAAAUUGGAAAUCAUGAACUUUGACCUUUUGUAGUUAUAAAACGGGACGGGCAAAAUUCAUAUGAAUUUCAUGAGAAAAAAGACUUUAGUAUAGUGAACGAAAUGGUAUGUAACUUUGGUACAACCUCUAAAAAAUGCAAGCCGCAAACCUUACCUUAAGUACGUGAUUGAUGGAACAAAAAUUUAGAAAUUUAAUUUUGUGUCAAUUUACUCCGGGUCGUAUUUCACAUCAUCCUUUACUGUUAAAUUGUAUUUGAUUUUUAAUUUCUUUUGUUAUAUGUACUGGCCGUAUGCCAUCUUUUUUAUAUGAUUGAAGCCUAUUGAAAAUUCUCUGGGGUUUGUUUUUUUUUUUUUUGGCUAAAUUGCAAUAAGGAUACAUUUUAUACCAUCUUUUAGUUACUGUAAUUAGGUCACUGGAAGUGACAGCUUCAAUUUAGUUAUUAUCAAAUCAGUCAAGGUUUCAAUUAACAUAUAUGUCAUCGUCCCUUCCUGGGUAGAUAAUGUUUAUGAUGUAUUUAACAAAAAUGGAGAAAAAAUGUGAGCCAUUUAUCUUCAUCUUUGCUAUCAUUGUUGUCUUUAUAAAUAUUUGUUAAUUUUAUGUGAUUUGUAAUUAAAAAUUUUAAACAGUGACAA